AUGCCAACUGUGACCACACUUCACUGUGGUGGAGUGUGGUGGAGUGUGGACAUCCGUGCCUUCUCCCUACCCGUGCCUUCUCCCUACCCGUGCCUUCUCCCUACCCAUGCCUUCUCCCUACCCGUGCCUUCUCCCUACCCAUGCCUUCUCCCUACCCGUGCCUUCUCCCUACCCGUGCCUUCUCUCUACCUGUGUCUUCUCCUUACCCGUGCCUUCUCCCUACCCGUGCCUUCUCCCUACUUGCGCCUUCUCCCUACCCGUGCCUUCUCCCUACCCGUGUCUUCUCCCUACCCGUGCCUUCUCACUACCCGUGCCUUCUCCCUACCCGUGCCUUCUCCCUACUCAUGCCUUCUCCCUACUCGUGCUUCUCCCUACCCGUGCCUUUUCCCUACCCGUGCCUUCUCCCUACCCAUGCCUUCUCCCUACCCGUGCCUUCUCCCUACCUUUCCCUUCUCCCUACCUGUGCCUUCUCCCUAUUCGUGCCUUCUCCCUACCCGUGCCUUCUCUCUAUCCGUGCCUUCUCCCUACCCGUGCCUUCUCCCUACUAGUGCCUUCUCCCUUCCCGUGCCUUCUCCCUACCCGUGCCUUCUCCCUACCCGUGCCUUCUCCCUAUCCGUGCCUUCUCCCUACCCGUUCCUUCUCCCUACCCGUGCCUUCUCCCUACCCGUGCCUUCUCUCUACCCAUGCCUUCUCUCCACCCGUGCCUUCUCCCUAGCCGUGCCUUCUCCCCGUGCCUUCUCCCUACCCGUGCUUUCUCCCUACCCGUGCCUUCUCCCUACCCGUGUCUUCUCCCUACCCGUGCCUUCUCCCUACCCGUGCCUUCUCCCUACCCGUGCCUUCUCCCUACCCGUGCCUUCUCCCUACCUGUGCCUUCUCCCUACCCGUGCCACUUUCUUGCCCGUGUCGCAUUCCUUCCCAUGCCCCUCUCUUGCCCAUGUCUAUGUCCUGCCUGAAGUCAGGUGUGGCGAUGCGGCUGCCACACUCACCAACCCCAAGCGCUGCACGGCUCGCUACGGAGCCCUCCUCUCAGACUCCUGCGGCCACGCCUGCAUCUCACCCUGCGGUCACUGCAUCGUUGCCCCAGCUGCUAACACCGACCAAGGCCUGGGCUUGCAGCAGCACCAGCAGCGGUUGGAGAGAAAGCACAAGGAAUGCAAACGCGACCUCCCCUGCGGUCACCUCUGUCGGGACCCCUGCCACCUCGACAAACCCUGCUUGCGGGUGGAGCUGCAGGCACCAGGGUCGGUGCUCCCUGCCCUGCGGUGCCCCCUGCGACCGCCUGUCAUGCGAGCAACGCUGUGA